AGCAGCUCGGCGCAGCGCGACUAGGUUCCGACCGGGCCGCUGCCCCUCCAACGCGGGGCGCUCCGCCGAGAAGAAAAAAUCGCGUGAGCGGCACGAGAACCGAGCGUGAUUCUUCUAUUGUUCCUGGGGUACGAAACUACGCGGAGCCAAUGUCUCCCGGAACAACAAACGCCGACCCGUCAGAGGACCACGGGGAUAAAAAUGCUCUAGCGACUGAGCGAGAGAAACAACAUUAUCGAGGAGGUGAGGCUGAUAAUCUCACUGGAGUAGAUGCUGGAGGUACAGCAACUGUUCAUCGCUCGGAGGAUCUGCAAGAGGACGAGUUGUACAACGACCCUAUGAUAUCCGAACUGCAGCUUUCGGCCGCCACCACCAAAAAUCCGGACGAGAAAACGAAGCCUUCGGACCUGGACAGCUCUUUUCGAACCCGGAUAAAGAUCGUGGACGAGGAACUGAAAGAGGAGAAUGUGGGUUCCUGUUUGACCUACGUGUGCAGCGUGUCUACUGGGGGUGGGGGCGGGUCCGCCGCGACCAACGGGUACGACUUUCAAUACACACUAGAUGUGGACAAGCCUUGCAAGCUCACCAGCCCGGACACCACGGGCGACAACGCGAGUUGCGAGGCCGUGUGCUGCAGCUACUUUUACUGCUUCGUGAACCUACGCGAUCUCGGGGUCGACUACGAGAUGGCGGGGCUGAACGACAAAACCCGCAUAUUGCGAGGAAGAAUCCGCCCUCCCCAUAUGCAUAUCGAAAAGGUAUGUUUCCGAAAAUUUGUGUUGCUGAUUUGAGACCACAAAUCGCGUCUGUCUUGCAAGAAGACAAGCGCAGAGGCUUCCGCGCCGGUAUGGAAGCGAUUUGGCAUGCUGUUGCGCCUAGGAAGCAGCCGCUUGUAAUGCUAAGCAACUAGACGUAGACCCAACGAGCGCCCCUAUCUAGGCCGAGGAUCUGGCGGCCGCAAUGCCCUCCUGCAAUACAAAACUCAAAUACAGCAUCACAGAUUUCGGCUUUGAUAUGGGGAGGGGGAAUUUUUGCUUUCGAUACCGCACAGGCGUAGCCUUCAACGCCUGUGCGGACUAUCCCGUGUAAAAACGUCCGCACCCCAGAGUUGUCUUGCAGAUUUGCAAUGACAAGAACAUUUGUGAUGCGCAGCCCCAUGACAGGAAGUUCCCAUCGUGUUUUGAAAUUUCUAUAAUGCUGUAAACAGAAUGAGGAGCUGGGUUUGUAAUGCGGCAGUCCUUGCUAACCUGCACUACACUACGAGCUGCAGCUUGUCAUGCGUGACUCCCAAAGUUUCUGGGUUUGUGUUGCAAGGUCCCCAUGAUCUUGACUCUGGGGUGGGGACGUUUUUACUCAGGAUACGGGCCAGCGAACCGUCAAGUUCCUCAAGGUGCCUGCCUUCGAGGACCAGGGCGGGGGCCCCGGGGAAACCGCGGGCGACAACCGCAUCGAGGUGGACAAAUUUCUCGAACUGGAGAACUUCGUGUAUGGUGUUGUCAAACGUUACAUUCUCGAACUAUUUCGUGUAUUUGUGAUGCAAGAACAGCAACAGUUAAAUCGGCAAGCUUGCCACUGUCGCAUCACAGAUUUUGCACAGAUUUACAUGCUGUUAUAGCGCCUCGGAGAUUUGUCAUGCGAAGCAGCUUGAUCAUCUGGCCGCAUAAGGUAGUUCUGCAUGACAAAUGUAUGCAACAGCUGAGGGUGUAACGCUUGAACACGCCAUAUCGUGUCCGUGCCCGACUGCUACCACCGAAUAUGCAAGAAAAAAACUGUGUAAGUGUAACUCUGUAAUGCAGAACACGCAACAGGAACAGAGUUACACCUGUGCCUGUCAUGCCAGACAGCCAUGAAGUCCCCUUUUGAUGUGUGUUUUCCCUUACAAGCCACGGAUGACAGGUUAUCUCUGUCAUGUACAGCAAAUUUGUAAUGCUGUCAGCGAAAGAAAGUUACACUAACACAGUUUUUUUCUUCGAUACCGAACGGGCUUCUUUCACUACCCAGUUGUCGGGACCGAAACCAAGCACGCGCUGCAAGUGCUGAAGCGGCAGAAACAAGUGGACAGCAACGUAGACACCACGGCUUCCGGCCCGGUCGACUUCGACAACUUUUCCCUUCGCGAGCACCUCCCGGUGGCCUCGGCACUGACCACGCGAAAUUUGCCGGACGACUCUCCCACCAUCGACGAGAUCCGAGACGCCGCGCGGACCAACGCGCAGGUGGCGAACAACGACGAGACCCUGGAAGUCCAACUUGGGCUACGCGGGUUUUACAACAUCCAUUCGCACGCCUUCGCGUGGGAGGACCCGAUAUUGAAGGUGCAAGGCGAGGGAAAGCUCGCGGGGGAUAUCCACCAGCAACUCGGCAAGAAGCGCGAUGAGUACAAACCGAUGGAUUUGUCCGUUGCGAACCCCGUUCAGGGCCCGAAAGCCGUCCUCGGGAAGACGCUUCGUCUGGUGGUCGCGGAUUCCCGGGCCCACUGGCACUUGCCAAAGUGGAGUAAACGGUACGAGGGGAUGAAAACUGGUGCUACUGGGGGUGGAGAACGAAGCGGCGCCAGCACCUUUUCGGCAAGCGACUACCAGCUGCCCUACACGCGGGAGGCGGAGCUGGCUUUCGCGGAAACGGGCAAAAAAGACGGCAUCCCGAUCAAACAGUGUUGCUCUUUCAUCGUCCAGGCCAUGACCAGUCCGAACUUCCUCAGUAACGACUUGGAGCUGACCGAAAAGUUUGUCGUUCAGAACUGUGUGGUGUUUGCCAAAAACAUGCAUGAGCAUCUGUUCGGCAAAGAACCCACUGCGGCUGAGCAGGCAGCUAUUGAUGCGGCAACAACUCCCGUGGGGCCGGAGGCUUUGCCGCCUGCAGGUGUAAGAAAUAACGUCGGCGCCCCGGAGGUUCCGAACGCUGACUGUGAGGUGGGACCCUGGGCGGCGGUCGGGGCGUGCUCCAAGACUUGUGGGAUCUACGACAAUACCCAAGUGCGGAUCCGGCAAGUGACCUACCCCCAAAGCGGCAACGGGAAAAAGUGUCCCGCGCUGCAAGAGACCGUGCCCUGCACGCUCGAGGCGUACACCGGGGAGUGCAGCGUAGAUUGCGAGGCGACCGACUGGUCGCCUCCUGAGUACGGCUCCUGCAGCGUGGGACCGAUAAAGGGUCCCGGGGGUGCGGUUCUGUUCGCGAAGCGGUGCCGGAAAACCCGCAUAUGCAUUGCAAAUGUAUCGCACUAAAGUGUAAAGUGUAUUACAAAGUGCCUUACUUCGUAUGAAUAAAAUAUGUUUUUUUAGCUUAGGAUGGCGAUUUGUAAUGCGUUGUAUCUGCAAUUGCUGCGAGCGCGAUACUUUUGCAAUGCAUACCGCACGCGGGAGAUCAAAACCCCACCGACGGGGCCCGACGCAGCCCCCUGCCCAGGGAACAACGAAGAACUGGAGCAAGCAAAACUCUGCACCAUCAACGACGAUACCUGGAAAGAGUGCUGCGAGGAUAUGGCUUGCUCAGAUGUUACAAUCUCAAACGUUACAAUAGAAUCUGGAAUUUGUCUUGCAUGAACAGCAUGAGUACCAUACAGAGACUUGGGCUUUUUGCAAUACAAAUUUCGUCAGAAUCUCAUGGGGUUUGGGGCUCCGAAACUUGUCAUGCGCGCCCCUUUGGGAGUAGGCCAGAUGUUGCGGAUUUUGCAACACAAGUUCCAAACUCUAUUGCAACGUUUGAGAUUGUAACACCUGAGCGGGUUAUGGAGGACAACGCCGGUGCGGAGUGGACCGAGUGGACGGCAUGCACCAAGACGUUAUCAAAUGUAAAAAUGUCUGGGUCUGGACGGUUAGAACUUGUCAUGCUAAAUCUGAAUGAUGCAAAAAUCUGUGUUGCGUGAGUGCCAAAAGCUGUCCGCUUUUGACCAAGUUGAGAGGGAGUAUCUCAUGCAGGAAAGGCAUGACAGAGACCUCACAAAAUCUGUCAUGCUGGGUCUCACAUUCCAGACCUCAUGGGUCAUGGAAAACCUGCAUCACAAAUCUUGCAUUCUUCCAGACCCAGACAUUUUUACAUUUGAUAGACGUGCGGUGGCGAGGACGAAAUGAAAUCGCGCACGAAGACCGAAUACAAAUACCUGAUCCAGGACCCGGUGCAGUGCGUCAGCGAGGUGACACGGGACACAGCCCGUUGUCACGAGGGGCCGCAGCCGGACUGCCCACGGGACUGCAAACUGAGCCACUGGACCGAGUGGGGGGAGUGUUCCAGCACCUGCGGAAAAGGCCAACACACGCGGACAAGAACAGUUGUGCAGCAACCCAUCGGGGACGGUGAGCAGUGCCCCGAUAGUGCCACUGAAAAAAGCGCCUACGAAGAAACAGGGGAGUGCGAAAACACGAUUGAAUGCGUCCCGAAAGUGGACUGUGCACUCGAGGAAAAGUAUGUCGCUCCUGUUGCCCAGGAAAAUAAUAACGGGAACGACAACACCGAAGAAGGCGGGUGGUCCCCCUGCAGUAAAACCUGCGGGGGCGGCGCGAAGUUCCGCAUCAAGUUCGUAGACCAGCUGCCGCAGGGAUCGGGGAAGAGCUGCCAGAAAUUGUUUGGCAAGGGCGAAGGCAUCACUGAUGCCGCCGUGGUGGCCAAAGAAGACAUCACUAUCAGUUGGGGGUACAUCGACGCCGGGGCCAACGAAAUAAAGGGAGCACACUACACCGAUGGAACGCCAGUUGAAAUAAUAAAUGCGGAGCAGGAGCAGAGCCAGAGCAGCGGCAGUGUUAGUACAAGCAAGCUCAAAAUGUACAUGAAGGAGACAGCCGAUUGCAAUCGGGAGGUGAAAUGCCCGGAUCCUGUAGAUUGCGUGAUGAAAAACUGGGAAGCUUGGACGGAAUGCUCCAAGAGCUGCGACGGCGGUACGCGGACGCGCGCACGGUACGUAAAAACUCCGCCGAAGGAGGGUCGCCCGAAAUGCCAAGACGUGGACCUGUACAAAAUCGAGAAUCUCCAGAAGGGCUACGCCAACGGGACGGCGCCGCACUUUGAAUGGCUCUCGACGGGCGGGGGCGGGCAAGAACAACACGACGGAAAGCUGCACCAGAAGGAAACCGCGCGCUGCAACGAGAUACACUGCCCCUGCGCGAUGGAAGAGUGGGCCGCGGAUUGGACGACGUGCAGCGUCACGUGCGGCCCCCACGGGAAACAGACGAGGGAGAGAAAGGUGAGUACCCUGGGGGGCUACGCGGACCUGACCGGCUGCAAAAGUCUUUUCGGAGACGAGAGCAAAGCGGGUGUGCAACACGAUAAUGGGGUGUACAUCAUACGCGACGCAGACGGGAUUACUCGGCAGUGGGAGGAAAAAUCGCCGCUGGAAAAUUCGAUACAGAAGGAAACGCGCAAGUGCAACAACUUUCCGUGCGACGACCAGCCAACAGGGGACGCUGCAACUACGGUAGCCCCGCCCGAGGACGGUCCACCGGCUUGCGUCCUAGACGAGCACUGGUGGAAAGCGGACUCCUGCGGCUGUCAAUGGAGGGGCGUGAGUAGUCCCGCUACGGGCACGUGUUUCAAUGAUAUCCCACGAAGAAAGUGUUGCAGUUACACACUUGAUGUUGCAAUUGCAGCAACACAAAUUUUCUCCGCAUGGCAGAGAAAACUUGUAAUGCAGAGUUCAUAAGAGAAAACACGUAUGAAACAAGGCUUGAAAGCAUUUCGUGCAUCACAGAGGUUGUCUGUCUUGCGUGUUCUGCAGCACAAUGCGUAACACUUUUUUCGUUGCAUAAAUGGCGAAGACGGCGCAGUGUACGCGGUCUAUAGCAACGCUGCCGCGAAUUGUCCGGCCUGCAAAGGCCGACCUGCGUCUGUCAGCACGCCCUACAUUUUGUCCGACAAAUCCUGCGAAGACGACAAAUGCAGGGUGGGUUCCGCCCGUGCCCCUGCGUUCGCGAGCGGGUGGGUUCCGCCCUUGCCUCCGAAGUCGGGGGAGACGGUGCCCGGUUACCGAACCCUGGUGAACACCGAUAUUAGAGACCUGUUUGCGUCGCAAGAGGCGUAUUGGAACUACGUGAACGACAUCGCAGCGCAGCAAGCGGUGCUGGAGGCUUCCCAAAAGAAGCAGCAGUCCAACUUCUUCGGGUUGCCCACAUUUGGUCUUAGGUGAAGCUGAAGCCGUCGUCGAAGACUUCAAGAAAGCUUCGCGACGAAGUCGAAGUUAGACCAGAAGUGCUGCAACUGUUCUUGUUUACUCAACUACAAGAACUCUAGUACACCUACACUACCGACAGCACUCGCGCGCCCGCGGAGACGUACUUAGAGGGCCGCUCCAGUGAGUGGUGUUGCGGGCACAGAUUCGCCCUGAAACUUCUACACAUUAGAUACAAUGACGCGAAUUGAAUACGAAUGAUCUCCAUUUUGGUAUCAUAUGAGCUUUCUGAGCAAUUAUGCGAGCAUCGCCCGAG